CAGGUCUUAUUUGAAAAGUACAAAGCUCCUGCCAUCUUUGUAGCAUAUCAGCCACUGCUCAGCCUGUUUGGCUCUUUUAAAUACCAAGGCCUUGUUGUCAGUAUCGGAGAUGGUAUCAUACAUGUUGUGCCCAUUUGUCAGACCCAAGUCCAGUUCAAUGCAGCCAGAAGGUCAGAUUUUGCAGGCAGUUCCCUGACCAAGUACCUCCAACACCUGCUUUACAACAGUGGUUAUUGUUUCACUUCGAGUGCCGAGUUAGAGAUGGUCAGAGAAAUCAAAGAAAAAAUGUGCUUUACUGCAACAGACAGGAGCCAUUUUAAAAAACUGUACUCUGCUAAGGAUUCCCAGUGUGUUGUGAUGUACAAACUUCCCGAUGGUACAAGUGUUAAACUUGAUCAUGAGCGUUACCUAUGCCCUGAAAUUCUAUUCGAGCCUGACAGUGAGAUUCACACAGGCAAAAGCCUCCCACAUUUAAUAGAGAGCUCCGUCAAUGAUAUUGACAUGACUUUAAGGAGGGAGAUGUAUUCUUGUGUCAUAGUCUCUGGUGGAUCAAGUUUUUUCCCCAAAUUCACAGAUCGCCUUCAAAGAGAACUGUUAAGCUUAACACCGCCAGGUGUGCACCAUGUACAGUUGUGUGCCUACCCUCAAAGACGGCAUCAAGAAUGGCUUGGGGGUUCAAUGUUGGCGUCUUUAUCAAGUUUCCAGAAAGACUGGGUCUCUGUGAAAGACUAUGAAGAACAUGGGCCCAACAUUAUCUGUAGGAAUAAUUUCUUUUGAAUAUUUGAAUCAAGAGGAAGUAUUCCUUUCUUCCUCUUGAAAAAUUGGAGAUUUUUUGUCAUUGGCUCUUCCAAGACUGCUCUCCAUGAUUAUGUAAACAUUUCAGGUGAUGCAACCUGGGAACCAGUUUCCUCUAUGAUAAUGAAUUUAAACACAUAAUAAUGAUAAAUGAAAAUCAAUCAACUGUUAAAGAGACAGUCUUUCAAAAUUGCUAAAGCAUAUUUUUCACAUGAAUCAAUUAUAAUUAUUCUUUUGAAAGAUUUAUUGGUGUUUAACAUGCUUAUUUAUGCUCUAUCUGGC